AUGGGUGCUCCAGUUGCUGCUGCUUUGACGUGUGAACCAGCUAUGUCAGAUUUUAUUUCUGCUUAUAUUUUCUUGUCCUACGCACUCUACUGUCUUCCAAAACCCUUAGCACUUCGAAAAGAACAUUUGUUACCUUUGGUUCUACCAUCACUAUUUCUAAGUGGAGACUCUGAUGAGAUAUGUGAUAAGAAGGUACUCACAGAGGUAUCUGCCAAGAUGGCAACGCAGCCAGCUAUUUACUGGGUGGCCGGCGCCAAUCAUGGAAUGUCUGUGAAAAGUCGUAAAAGGAUUGACAUUGAAGAGGAAAUGUGUGGGUGUGUAGUGAAAUGGGUUACUAAGGAGUAUAGGAGAUUAUCCAAAAGGUCUGUGGAGGAAUCAAGGGAUCCUGUGUUGUGCUGCACCAAGUGUGGAGAACUUACCAAUCAAACUUGCGUUCGAACGAGCGAGUAA